CGUGUCUCCCCCAGCCGUCGCAAGCAGCAGCAGCAGCGAGCGUGUCGGUCCCAGUGCCGAUAGGCACGCCGAUGACAAUCAACGGGCGCACAUUCAAAUUCUCGCCGCGCCGCUGUGUCAACCUUCCCGCCAUGUCGCCGUCUCAGAAGGCGCGGGUGGUGGUGCCGUGGCAGCAGGCGAGCAUGUCUGGCAAGGCUAUGUGCCGCGCGAUCUGGUUCUUCCAGGAUCCCGCGUGCAAAGGACAGACGUUGGACGUUUUCGUGAAUGGCCAACAGAGUGAGAAGCGCAUCUCCGGUGCAGCAAGGUCCGCCCUCUGCCUCGUAGACAACAUGUGUCGGUAUGCGCGCUGCCCUGCCGGCUCUGACACAUGCACCCCACCCACGGACGACCGCACGGCAGUGACGUGCGCGUGCAAGAAAGGCUACAGCGCGGUCAACAACAAAUGCCAGCCUCCCACGUGUCUCCCGCAGCCGUCGCUCGCAGCGGAAAUCCCAUCGGCCCCAGCGAGGAUUGCCACGCAGAUGACUAUCAACGGCCGUCCUUUUAGCUUCGAGUCGCGCCGCUGUGUCAACAUCCCCGCCAUGCCGGGUGCAGUCAAGGCUCGCGUGGAAGUCUCUCGACAGCAGGGAAGCGAUGCUGGCAACGCUGCUACGUGCCGCGCAAUCCGGUUCUUCCAGGAUCCCGCGUGCACAGGCCAGACGCUGGACCUUCUCCCCAUCAUCGGCACACAGAGGUGCGCCUUUUAUCCCUGCUCGCAUUGCUUCCAUGCUUUGAACGCCGUUCGGUUGUUCCCCACCAGACGCUGGACCUUCUCCCCAUCAUGGGCGCACAGAGGUGCGCGGCACGCCUUCUAUUCGUGCUCGCCUUGCUUCCAUGCUCGCCUUGCUCCCAUUGCUCCAUGCUCGCCUUGCUCCCAUGCUCGCCUUGCUCCCAUGCUCGCCUUGCUCCCAUGCUCGCCUUGCUCCCAUGCUCGCCUUGCUCCCAUGCUCGCCUUGCUCCCAUGCUCGCCUUGCUCCCAUGCUCGCCUUGCUCCCAUGCUCGCCUUGCUCCCAUGCUCGCCUUGCUCCCAUGCUCGCCUUGCUCUUAACGCCGCUCGGUUGCUCCCCCACCUGACCAACGACCCGCGCACUCGUGGCGCCCUCCCUCCCCCUGUGUGCAGUGUCAAGUAUGUUCCCGGUGUAGUGACGUCCGCCCUCUGCCUCACUGCUCACCUGCCCUCUCUCCCUCUCUCUCGCCCUGCCUGUGCUGCAGAAACCUCACCACCUGCCACCGGCACCACCGGCACCACAGCACCUUCCGGCAACAUUCUGGAAUCCGCCAACUCCGUUUCAGAGUCUGCCCGGGCCAUGCUGGAAUCCACCCUUGGCGUUACAGAUCCUGGUACCGGCACCGCCAUUUCAGGGGUUUCUAAUGCCUCUAUCGAUCCUAGUACCGGUAACAACACUGGCGAAGGACCUGCCGCCACUGACGCUGCAGUUCCUGUGGUCUUCACUCCAGGCACUUUCACCAACGAUGCAGUGAAUCCCACCAAAUCCCCCGAACCUUCCGUGAACGCGUAUGACACUUACACUACUGCUGCCACCGUGCCGGGCUACUGA